AUGGGAGUGAUUAGGAGUUAACAAGAUGCGAUUACAUUUGUGAUCGCCAUCUCUUUCAAGUUUCAAGAGGGCACGUCGUGGCAGGUUGUGUGCUCUAUAUGCAGUCUCACUCUCGUUUUAGAAAAGCAAUCAAACACUUUGACCUCCAACAACAAUAUUGUAAGAACAUCAAAAAAAUAAAUUCAAGCAUUUGAUUCAUUUGUUGAUUGCAUAUCUGCCCCUGAUUUUGAUCACUGCAAGAAUCCACUUCGUUGAUCUUUUGAUUGUAAGAGAAUUGUCAUGGAGGUUAGGCCAAAUCAGACGGCUGAUAACUCUCCGCAGCAUCGGCGUCAUGUGCCAGCGACCCCAUCAAAGCAACCUGUUGCUCCUUCUAACACAGUUGACACCGCCUCAGUUUCUCAAAGGUUACAGAAGGAAUUAAUGUCUCUUAUGAUGAUUGGAGGAGAUCUUGGAGUGUCAGCUUUUCCUGAAGGCGAGAGCAUUUUUGCAUGGAUUGGAACGAUUAUGGGUGGCAAGGGAACUGCCUACGAGGGAUUAUCAUACAAGCUUUCUCUGCGUUUUCCUCUAGACUACCCUUUCAAACCACCUCAAGUCAAAUUUGAGACGAUGUGCUUCCAUCCAAAUGUUGAUCAAUUUGGGAACAUAUGCCUUGAUAUUCUUCAGGAUAAAUGGUCUUCAGCGUAUGAUUGCAGAACCAUUCUCUUAUCCAUUCAAAGUCUAUUGGGAGAACCGAACCCAGACAGUCCUCUGAACAACUACGCUGCCAAACUCUGGAAUAACGAAGAAGGUUACAAAAGCAUGGUCCACAGACAGUAUUAUGCUGGAGAAGCAUUUGAGAGUUGAGCUACAGUUCCCAUCCCUGAUAAAAUCCGAAAUGUCAACACUUCCACACCUUUGCUCUUUGAAGGUUUGGGGAAGAGUCUGUAGUCAGUUUCGAUAUUUGUAUUACCACCCUCUUAAUGAACAUUCUCGUGUAAAAAACUUCAACUCGUAUCAUUUUUCAGGAAAUUUCAGUCCUUUUCCUACUCUGAUUAAGCAGGUGAUAUUUCUUCUUGUCAUUGGACAUCUACAAGUUGUAAAGCAAAAUAUCAAAUUCAAUGAAAAGCCAUUUCGGGUUCUUCUAUAA